AUGGAGUUCAUCACGGCCCUCAGGGGCACCUUUGACGGCCAGAAGCCGUCGCUGUUCGAGGUGCUCUCCGAGCAGCAGCUCAACAGCCUGCUGCCGCCGACGCUGCGGUACCUGCUGACCGUGGCCACGCAUCGCCACCCGCGAUACCUGCUGCGCAUCCUCAACUCCUUUGACGAGCUGUACGCGCUGCUGAUGCUGGCCGUCGAGCGCCACUACCUGCGCACCCGCGGCGGCUCCUUCACCGAGAACUUUUACGGCCUCAAGCGCGAAAAGGCGCUGCACGGCGAGAUCCCCCGGGCGAGCCUCGCCGCGCCGCACCUGGUCCGCGAGACGCUCAAGCUCACCACCAGGGACGUCUGGCAGAACCUCGCCGUCCUCGUCGGCGUGCCCUACCUCAAGCGCAAGCUCGACGAGUCGUACGACAUCAACGCGCCGCGCGCGCUGCUGGGCGCGGCGUACACGCGCAUGCCCGACAACCCGAGCGUGCGAGAUCGCUUCACGCACUACUACCGAUGGUUCCUGCGCAACGUCUAUCCGCACGUCAACGCGGCUUACUGCUUCGCCAUGCUGGCCUUCAACCUGGCCUACCUGUUCGACCGAACCAAAUAUCACAACCCGCUCAUGUGGCUCAUUGGCACGAGGAUACGGAGGAUGACGGCGGCGGAUUACCAGGCCAUCGACAAGCUGUCCGAGGUGGCGAGCAAUGCUGCCAAGCCCGGCCCGCGAUCACUGCUGUCGACGCCCAAGGAGCUGGCGUCCAGGGCCAUGUCAAGCCUGUCGAUGUUGCUGCCCUUGAGCAUCUUUGCGCUCAAGUUCCUCGAGUGGUGGUACCAGUCGGACUUUGCAAAGCAGCUGUCGCGAAAGGCAGCCGAGAGCAUCGAGUUGCCUCCCCCGAUUGUGUCUGGAAAGGCAUCCUUUGGCAAGAAGAAGAAGAAGAAGGAGGGCAAGGAAGGAGGGGAAGAAGAAGACACAAAGGAGGAGGCCAUUACGGAAAAGGAGGCGCCAAUUGCAACGCCGUCGAUGCUGCCCAUCUUCGUCGUCCGAUUUCCAGAGGAUUCGUCGCUGUGUCCCAUUUGCGUGGGCGAAAUCGUGACCCCGACGCUGUGCCAGACGGGUGUUGUCUAUUGCUAUACGUGCAUCCACCGAUGGAUCGAGGGCAUGCACCCCAAGCAGGAGGAAUUCAUGGAAGAUCGGCAAGGCAAGUGGGAGAGCGGACAGGGCCGCUGUGCCGUUACCGGGAAACGAGUCCUGGGUGGCACAGAGGGUCUGAGAAGGAUCAUGGUGUGA